AUGACUGAUAACCGUGGAAAUUUUUCAAUUCCAACUAAUCAAAGUUCCAGCAGAUCAUUUAGUUCUCUACGUAUGGAGUUUGGACCUAUCAAUGACGUUCAAAACGAUAUGUCAGAAAAACGAAGACAGUUGAAAUGUAGUUUUCAAACACAAGGAAGUGAGAUGACACUAAUCAAUUCAACAAAUUCUUCCCUUUCCAAUUCAACUGGAGCUACAGCAGCUUGUCCACCCAUAUCUUUUCGUCCGAGUUUGCCUUUAGCUUUACCCAAACUGCCACUGAGACCACGUACUACAAUGCCAGCAGAUCUUCCUGAUAAAGCAAGGGAUAAGUUACGAAUGUGUCAGUCCAUGCAAAGUACUGGAAAAUUGCAGCUAAAACCAAAUGUGAUAUAUGAUUUCACGAGUGAAGAUCUUCAAGAUUUAGGAGAAAUAGGACGUGGUGGUUUUGGCACUGUAAAUAAAAUGAUUCAUAGGAUAAGUAACACUGUUAUGGCUGUGAAGAGAAUUCGUUCUACGGUGGAUGAAAGGGAACAGAAGCAACUACUAAUGGAUUUAGAAGUUGUAAUGAAAUCUAAUGAAUGUCCAUGCAUCGUGCAGUUUUACGGAGCCUUAUUUAAAGAAGGUGAUUGUUGGAUUUGCAUGGAACUGAUGGACACUUCGUUGGAUAUACUUUAUAAGUUUAUCCAUGAGGUAUUGAAGGAUAGAAUACCAGAACGUAUUUUAGGAAAAAUUACUGUCGCUACAGUGAAAGCGUUGAAUUACCUCAAGGAAAAGUUGAGAAUAAUUCAUAGGGAUGUGAAACCUAGCAAUAUCUUAUUAGACCGACAUGGUAAUAUAAAACUGUGCGACUUUGGUAUAUCAGGACAGUUAGUAGAUUCUAUUGCACGCACUCGAGACGCUGGAUGCAGACCGUACAUGGCUCCGGAAAGGAUAGAUCCUCAGCGUGCCAGGGGCUAUGAUGUGAGAAGCGACGUAUGGUCAUUGGGAAUAACAUUAAUGGAAGUUGCUACAGGUUAUUUCCCAUAUCCCAAGUGGAAUUCAGUGUUCGAGCAGCUUUAUCAAGUGGUUCAAGGUGAUCCACCGCGGUUAUCGCCCAAUGAAAAUGGAAAUCAUUUUACUAUGGAUUUUGUGAACUUUGUGAAUACAUGUUUAAUUAAAGAAGAGACACAACGGCCGAAGUAUAACAAAUUGUUGGAACAUCCCUUUAUCAGAAAAGCAGAAGACGAUACAGUGGAUGUGGAUGCUUACAUAAGCGGUGUUCUUGACAACAUGGUUCUCAGGGGUUUAACGCCUUUUACCACUAAUCGACAUUAA